CUCUGGCAAUUGGAAUUUUAUGUGAAAUGCCAAAAUGACACUAAAGCUUAUUAGACAUGAGUGAAGACACAAAUUAUGAACCUGCAAUAUUGCCUCCAGUAGACGAUGCAAAUCAAGAAACCGAAACAUCACCCAAUGAACCUGGACCAUCAGGUUUAAAUUUCACAACGCAAACUAGUGUUAUAAUAACUGUCGAUUCUUUGGAAAACGAAAGUUCAUCCAGUAGCAGUGCCACCAUCGCCCCUGUGAGUACUACGACGCAAACAACAGAAUGUACUCGCCAUUCAAGACGGAAAUCCGGUAUAUUUCGAUUCAUUAAAGCGAAAUCUGAGGGAAAUUUAGCUGAGCAAGUUCAAGAUCGGCAGCGAAUAAAUGCUUCGUGGUCGCAAAGACUUGUUGGAAUAAGGCCUCCAUGUCACGAAAAUAUACAACUAAGUAAUGGUCCUGUGUCCGCCGCAGCGUCGCAGACCCAUGAAGAUGAUGCGCAGGAUUCAGAAGUGGGCGGCGUGCUGGGUCGAUAUUAUCGAUCACUAGUGACCGGCGCUAAUUCGAAUAAUUCACCAUCGCAGGUGUCUUCGUUUUUUUAUAUCGCACCUCCAAUAACUGGCGCCCCACCGUCGUAUUCAGCUAUAAUGAGAAUGGAUGAGAGACGAUUGCACGAAACUACCAGAAGCGGUAUCACAAUGCAACCAUCGGCACCGUUCAUUGCGCCCAGGCCUCCCCCAUCUUACACCGAAUCGCUGGGAAUCACGACGACGGCGUCGCGAGGACUGGAAUUAUACGCACCAUCAAACAUAAGUAUCGGCGAUUUCGUUUGGGGUGCGCAUCCAACUCCCGUCGUUUGUCACAUGUGCGAGCAGGUGGUACUGUCUUUAGUACGCACGAGAAUUUCCACCUUUACUCAUAUCGUUGCAGCGGUCUUUUGCAUGUUUGGAUGUUGGCCCUGUUGUUUCAUACCGUACUUUAUAGAUUCGUGCAAGAAUGUAACGCACCACUGUCCUAAUUGUAAUGCCAUUCUUGGCAUGUACACUCCGACAUAAACCAGAAGACCCGUCGUGCUUGAAA